AUGAAGACUGGCUGGUAUGUCUUUACCAGGGAUGCUAUUUUCAAUGAAUCUAGGUUCGGGCACUUGGAUACCAUGAGAACUGCUGUUCAAGUCCUGCCAACAGUUGUUGAAGAUAUGGCUGAUGAAGAUGAUUCACAAACACUUCCUAUUAACCUGGAUGUCCCAGUACUUCCUACAUUCUCCACAGAUACACCACUGGAACCUCUUAAUGCAAUUACAAUGGCAGAGACCCGAUGCUCUAAAUGCUCUAUAACAAGAACUAUGAUUGGUCAACUGUGGCAAACUAGUUUCGAUGCAGCGAAAGAUCAUUUGCAUCGUCUAUAUAGUAAACAGAAGGCCAAAGCGAUCAUUGAACACGUUAUACAGGAUCUCGUUAACCUUCAAGUUGCAGAAGAUAUUGUGACUGAUGAUACAUCAGAGAUACUGGCAGAACAUGAUAUCCCACUGAUUGUGGCACUGUCUAUCUAUUCCUGA